ACGUUUUUUAAGCACUAUCUAGGUCGUAGGUUUAGUAGCCCAGCAGGGUAGGAAAACGCGGGUAAUACUAUCCGCUUUUCAAGGGAACCGGGUCGGGUAGCCAGGCGGGUAUUAAACUACCAUUGGCACCAUUGGUGACUUACUUCUUGGACUCCUUGUUUUCAUGAUGGAUGUGUUGUCCUGAUAUUUCUUCAGACGUUCAAAUACCAGGAUCCUGAUUGCUACGCAGGCGAGCUGAACCAUGUUGUACUCGUUGUUGGCUACUCCAUUAAUAGAACCGACGGCAGCCAUAACCGUAUUGCUCCUCCCUUCUGGAUAAUCCGCAACUCGUGGGGAGUGGAGUGGGGCGACGGGGGGCACAUGCGCAUGGACAUCCAGGGAGGGGAUGGCGUGUGUGGCAUCAACGUGCUGCCUGGCAUCUACCCCAUUGUCAAGCUUCCAGGGGACCCCUGCGGCCGAAAAGGCUACAAAGGCGAUAAGGAUUUGUACGGCAUGAACCCUUGUGGCCGGUUCGCAUGCCAGGCGAUUGGUGGAAGCAGCAAUAGAUGCAACUGCAAUAUUCCUGGAUCUUUGAAGCAGCCUUUUGUUGAAGUCGGGAAUGGAAAUGGCUCCUCCACAUGUGCUUAUGUGGACGUGUGUGGGUCGCACUUUAAGAACCCCUGCGCUGUGGGCACAUGCAUCAACGAUGGCAAGGGCGCCUACUCCUGCAUCUGCCCUCUUAACCACAUUGAAAGCAAAACAGCUGACAACUCCCCCACGUGCGAUCCAGCCAAUGCCACAGCCACCACAAUGGCAGUCAGUGGAGACAACUGGUGGUGUUCGGACAUUUAUCCAUUUGUUGGCAUCUCAUUCAGUCAAUUCAAACUCCAGAAUGCGGCCAUGGAUUGCAGCCGGCCAUUGCCCAAGGGCAGCGUCCUUCAGCUAGAUGGCUCUCCCACCACACCCUGCACUGCCUUCUUCUACACGCUCAGUGGCAACAGUUGUUCGUCCAUCAGCACACAGAUCAAAUCUAUGGAUGUUGAUCUCGCUGCUCUCAACCCCGGUCUUGACUGCUCCAAGCCCAUCAAGGCAGGCCGCUCGGUGUGCAUCGAGCGCAAUGACACAUUUGCGUUCACUGUUCCUGUGUGUGUGAAUUACGGCUUGCUCACACCUGAAGUAACAUGCAACCGGCUAAUUCAGAGGACCAGAAGCUUCCCAACUGAGCUGUACCGCAACAAUCCCGGCCUCAUUUGCUCCAGCACAAUCCCUGCAUCCGUCUCAGUUGUCGGCAGCAAGAUUGGCGUGCAGAUUUGCGUCAAGGCAGAGUAUUGGUCAUUCAAAUUGGGCAGGUGCAAGAAGGGCAGGACCAAGCCAGUCUCGCCAUCCAUGGCGUGUUCAGCCGCUUACCACUUCUAUGGUGGAGAUACGGGUACAGCAGCUGAAGAUUUUUACGACUAUAAUGGUGAAUAUUGCUAUGGAACCAUAGGAGUCGAGGUGAUUUGUGUCCCAUAAUCACUCUACGUGGCUGGCAGGAAAUCUGCAUAUCAAUUUGAGAUGGGGUUGUAGGUCUUAGAGAAAGGCGCGGGAGAGAAAGGAGGUGGGCAAAGGUAGCUUUGGGUACUGUGUAGGACGGAGGUCAUGUCACAUGCUGAUUUUAUAAGACUACCGUAUUUAGACUGGGCGAAUUCCCAUGAAGUAGGAUCAGAAUCAAUAAUGUUCCUGAUC